CCGAGGCUCUGCCCGCCGGGCCGGGCUGGGCUGGGCUGGGCUGGCCGGGCUGGGCCGGGCCGGGCCGGGGGUGCCCAAUCAGCGCUGCGCGGGGGCUCGGGCGCUUUAAGCGCGGCGGCGGCGGAGCGGGGACAAAGUCCCCCCCGGCGCCGCGACGAGCAUCCCCGCUCCCCCGACACACCGCCCUCGGCUGCCGCAGCGCCUCCCCGCUCUGGGGCCGGCACCGGGACCGGCACCGGGAUCCGGAUCGGCGCUGGGCCCGGGCCCGGAGGGCGCCUACCCCGCGCCCCUCCGCCGCCGCGCUCCCGCGGGGUGCCCGUCUCCUCCUCCUCCUCCUCAUCGUCCUCCUCCUCCUUCUCCUCGUCCUCCUGCGGCCGCCGCCGCGCUCGGCCAUGUCGAUGCUGCCGUCGUUUGGCUUCACGCAGGAGCAGGUCGCCUGCGUCUGCGAGGUGCUGCAGCAAGGGGGGAACCUGGAGAGGCUGGGCCGGUUCCUCUGGUCGCUGCCGGCCUGCGACCACCUGCACAAGAACGAGAGCGUCCUCAAGGCCAAGGCGGUGGUGGCCUUCCACCGCGGCAACUUCCGCGAGCUCUACAAGAUCCUGGAGAGCCACCAGUUCUCUCCUCACAACCACCCCAAGCUGCAGCAGCUCUGGCUGAAGGCGCACUACGUGGAAGCCGAGAAGCUGCGGGGCAGACCCUUGGGCGCCGUCGGCAAAUACCGCGUCCGCCGAAAAUUCCCUUUGCCCCGCACCAUCUGGGACGGCGAGGAAACCAGCUACUGCUUCAAGGAGAAAUCCCGGGGCGUGCUGCGGGAAUGGUACGCCCACAACCCCUACCCGUCCCCCCGGGAGAAGCGGGAGCUGGCGGAAGCCACCGGUCUCACCACCACCCAGGUCAGCAACUGGUUCAAGAACAGGAGGCAACGGGACCGAGCGGCGGAGGCGAAGGAAAGAGAGAACACGGAAAACAACAACGCGGCCACCAACAAACCGAACCAACUCUCGCCUCUGGAUGGGAGCAAACCCCUCAUGUCCAGCUCCGAGGAAGAGUUUUCUCCUCCCCAAAGCCCGGAUCAGAACUCGGUCCUGCUCUUGCAGGGGAACCUCAGCCACGCCAGGAGCUCCGGCUAUUCCCUGAGCGGCUUAGCAGCAUCCCAGACCCCUCACAGCCUCCAAGGCCACCAGCUCCAGGACUCGCUGCUGGGACCCCUCACGUCCAGCCUGGUGGAUCUGGGAUCCUAAAGGCCCUCGGCGGGCCGCCGGAGGAUCGGGAGAGGAGGUUCUGCUCGGGGACAGAGGCUCUGGGUUGUACAUAGAGGACAGCACCCGGUUUUACAGCUCACCCGCUGAUUCUUAACGGGACUCUCGGCUCUUUUCACACAACCCCACAUCGGCUCUUGCUCCAGUUCCCCCUCAGCGUCUCCCACUAUCACCACGAUUUUUUAACUUUUGUUUUUCCACGUAGCCAAACGCAGAGAGCGGCAAUAACCCUCAUCACCCCUUCGAGUUCAGACGAGUUGGUCCCAACGGGAAUUACAAAAAAAAAAAAAAAAAAAAGGGGAGGGGGGAGGUGGGGAGAAAAGGGAAGAAAAAAGAAAAUAAAAAUCCCAAGCCCUGCUGGAUCCGAUUCCACCCAAACAAAUCCCAGCGCUGUGGGCGCGGUGGGGCAGGGUCGGCCGGCGCAUCCCUGCUGCUGCCUGGCCCGGUCCCCGAGGAGCUGGGACGGGGACAGAGGGAGAGAACCGCUGUACUGAGCCCUGUGUCGGAGUGGAAGGAGGGAGGGGAAGUUACGUUUACAUUUUUCAUAUUUAGCCUUACCAAAAAGAUUUCGAUGUAGUUUAAAUUUAAAAAAAAAAAAAAAAAAAAGAAAAAAAAAGAAAAAAAAAGGGAAAAAUAAGGUGAAAAAAAAUAUCAAAAGCUGCAGUAUUAGAGUUUUACCAAGUGCCUGUGUCUGACCGCGGCCGUGCGAGACAGAUACUGAGUGGGCUCCCGUGGACCCGCGUUCCCCACCUUUCUCCUCUUCGGUGGUGAAAUGCAUCGAUGUGGCUAAAAAUUAGGAUAAUAAUAGUCAUAAUAAAAGUCGACGGCCAUUUCCUCCUAAACUUCCCCGCCAGUUCCCCGUUGCCUUCUCCCGUCUGUGCCCGCUCGCCGCUUCCCUCCUCCGGCUUGCAGAGAGCCCGCGGAUGACGCUGCCUGUCUCGAGUAUUUGUUACCAAAAAUCGCAUGUGCUUUCGGGUUUAUUUUCUAUUGUACCUAAACAGUCUAAAUUAAACAACGCUGAUGGCAGAACA